GUAUUAUCUUAUAGUCUCAAAUUAAACUUUACCAUAGAUUUAAAAAUGAACGGUGAGAGUUGGUUAUUUAUUCUUGCAGUUGUUGUCAAUGCUAUCAAUUUAUUUUCUCAAGUGUUUUUCACAAUUAUGUAUUCUGAUUUAGAAUGUGAUUACAUUAAUCCAAUUGAAUUAUGUAAUAAAUUAAAUCCAUGGUUUAUUCCUGAAGCUGGUUUACAUGCUUUUAUUACAGCUUUAUUUUUACUUAAUGGUUAUUGGUUUGUUUUCUUAUUAAAUUUACCUUUAUUAGCUUAUAAUGUUAAUAAAUUUAUUAAUAAAAAUCAUUUAUUGGAUGCUACUGAAAUCUUUAGAACUUUAUCAAAGCAUAAGAAAGAAUCAUUCCUUAAAUUAGGUUUCCAUUUACUCAUGUUCUUCUUUUACUUAUACAGAAUGAUCAUGGCUUUAGUUUCUGAAGAAAUUUAAUUUGAUUUGGUCAAAGAAUUCCUUCUAUAAUGUUAGUCCUAUUGAUGAGAGCUUUGUUAUUCAUAGAAGAUUAUUCAAUCUCACUUUGCAUUACUAUAUAUUUCUAUUAAUUAUAUGUCUUUCUUGGUCUCGUCUCGAUAAUAAAUUUCAUGAAAGUUUUUAAGAAAGACAUUAUGGAACAUAUAUAUACUGUAAUUGGAUGUGAAAUUUCUGUAGUAUAUUUAUUUCCAAAUCUCCAUUUUAUUUUAUUUAUAAUUUUAAGAUGUUUUAGUUUUUUACCUUUUUUUGAUUGUUGUUAUUUUAUCAUUCAUUAUUAAUAUAAGAGUCAUCAUUAAUAUUACA